UUUUGGAGUAAAAUCACAAUGAAGACCAACUACUAAUACGAAAAUAGUUUGUUUUAUAGGACAAGUUGAUUAUACAUUAUCAAUUAUUAAUGAAUAUUCUUUAACGUGGAAGGUUAGGUAGCGAGUGCGAUAAUAAUAUUUCGAGACCCAUCACCUUCGAUAAUGUGUUUUUUCUUCUUUAGUAUAUGACAUGUUUUUGAGACACAUCUUGUUGGGAUACGUUCUUAGUAUGAGUUGCUUGCACUUCUAUGGUUACGUCCUAGUUUACUCUCUGUCACGUGUGUUGGAUAUGCGUUUUUUUUUGCCUUUUAACUUUGUUUAUUGCUAGCACGGAUACAGAGUAGAAAAUGACUAGGGGGAGAGGAUAUUCAGUGACGGAGCCAGAAAAUUGGCCAAGGGGUGGCUUUUAUCAUAUCAUAAAAAAUUACCUAUAUAACAGAAAAGUCAACUCUAAAUGAAACAAAAAGUCAAUAACACAAUACUCUAAAUUCAUACAAUUACAUAAAAAUAGUUUCACGUACACUGGUUACAACGUCAAACAAAUAAGAUCAGUACAUACAAGACAAGACUUCCAUUCAUCAAAUAUUAUAAAUUAGAACUCAGAAGUACCUUGAGAUUGAUUUUGUGAAACAAACAAGUGAACUUCAAUUGAUACUUCUUCACUUUCAGCUAUGUUUAAACAAAAGACAAGAAAUUUCUCUGUUGUAGAGCUACAAAAGAAAUGAGAUAGUUUAAACAAAAGACAAUAAUUUAUUACUAUAAAUAAAAGACAAGAAAUUUCUCCAAGUGGCUCCGCCAUUGAGGAUAUUACGAGUUGAAUUGAGGGGUUAAAAGAUAAAUUUGCAUCGUAAUGACUUAUGACUCGUCAAUAAGCAUAUCUAAUGGCAACAGUAGUAGAUGGAAAGAAGAACUAACUGGAAGAGUCGGAAGUAAUUUGUGCAGCACAAGAGAAUAAGGAGGUAUGUGAUUCAGAGCAAUGUAGUCAAAAUCGCGCUUUAAAACUUAAAAACUUACGAUUUUACGUUUCUAGGUCAUUAAAGCGCUUCUACACAAAAUCUUAGUUUUUAUAACUUAUGUAGUUAAAAACUAAGCUUUAAAACUUAAAACUUACGAUUUUACGCUUCUAGAUCACCAAAACGUUUCUACGUAGAAACUCGCUUUUGACUACAUUGAUUCAGAGACUUGGAAAUAUUUAUUAUUGAUUUAUUGGGAGAAACCGAUGUUGAAUUAUUUUUCGGCGAGAAAACUUGCAUCGAAUAGAAUUCUUUGCACUUUUGACUUCUAACCAAACGAUUUCUAAACACGGUUCACACCCUCUUUGAACACAGUUCAAACAAGAGUGUCUGAUUGAUGGUUUUUGAGAACAUAACUACAUUAGCUUCUCUCAUAUGGAGGUUCGGUGAGAGCUUCAAACUACAAAUUAUGACUACUUGCAAGGAAAAGAAUAAAAUUUAACGUUGAUGUCAAUUGUCUGAUUAUGGAACCAUUAUUUCUGUCGACUUCUUUUCUUAUUUAUACCUAUGAAGAUAUAAUAAUUGUUAGGGAAAACCGCCUUUUGGAUAUGGUGUUGGGCCUUAGUCGAGUUUGGGCAUGGUUAUAUCGGGGACAUUUUUGCUAUUUUGCAAUUUUGAUCGUUAUGGUCUUAUGGAAGUGGGGGAAAAGUGUAGAAAAAUCGUUACACAACGAACUCCCACCUCGCUGAAAUGGAACCAGCCGCUGCAUUUCAUUUUCCCCGGCCGAAACGUGUCGAAACGCCGGGCUCAGUGACGCGAUCUUGUGAUCCCAGUGGAGGCAAUAAAGUGAUGGAACCUUGGGCUCAGGCCUGGCCCAACUGCAAAGCCCACCGGAGGCUAGCCGGCGGAUAUAUAGCCACGACGGGAAGAUUGGCCAAUGAACUUCCGGUGACGACUGAGACGUUCCUGGUUCAAAUCUGAGAGAGGAUCGGUCAACAAUUGCUAUUCAUCCUGAACCGAAAAGACCCAACCUGCCGGCUGGAUCCCGAGCUUUGGGUGGCCACCCACUGAAGCCGAACCACAUGUCCUAAACCGGGGUUAAAAUCCUGGCCGGAGAGCCGAAACGAGUCGCCGGUGAUAAAAGACUGAUGGAAGGGUUUCGACCGCCGGUGGUCAAGCUUGAGCGGUAGAGUCUUAGUGGGAGAUGGAAGGAGUGCAGUGACCACCGACCAGCUCUGGGCAACGGAUCUGAACCAUCAUUUUUUUAACCGGAUCGGUCCUCUUUUUUCUCCAUUUGAUAUGAGAUCCUAAUAUUUAAUGUAUGAAUCAUUAUUUUGUUUUCAAAAACUGUAAUAUAUAGUCCCGUAUAAUUAUGCAGAUCGUUUAUACGAUGAAUUGAAUUAAGGAAUACAUACAGUUCGUAUGAAAAAACAACAACAUAAUGCAUAGAAAGGACUAGAAGAAUUCAUGUAAUAUAUGAACUCAGUAUUUGGUUUGCAGGAGCUGUAAUGUAGAUCCAUAUAAUUGGGUCAGCUGUUGAUGUUUUGGGUUGAGGUACGCAAUACAUCAUAUUGGUAUUAAGAAAAACAAUAAACAAUAUAAUGUGUA